AUGAUGGAAAGAGGAAGAUCAAAUUAUAGACGUAAUAAUGAAAAUAAUAAUUUUAGAGAAGGAAAUAUAAAAAAUGAAACAGGAGAUGAUAAUCAUUUUUGGACCAAUAUCGAUAAUUAUUAUUUUUGUAAUUUUGAUAAGAGUAUAAUAUCAGCAUUUGAAAAUCAUAUAAAAUGUACAGAUUAUAUUUGUAAUAAAAUAAAAAAGCGGAAGAUAAAUAAAAAAUUAUUUAAAAAUAUUAAUUGUUAUAAAAGUUCAGUAAAAAUAAAAUUAAAUGGAAAUGAUAAAAAUGAACAUAAUAAUAAGAAGCUUGUUUGUGCAGGUACAAAUAUGCAAUAUGACAAUUAUAUGAAAUUCAAUGAAAAUAAUAUGAAUAAUGUGAAUAAUGUGAGUAAUAUGAAUAAUAAGAAUAAUAUGAAUAAUAUGAAUAAUAUGAACAAUAUGAACAAUAUGAACAAUAUGAACAAUAUGAAUAAUAUGAUUAAUAUGAAUAAUAUGAAUAAUAUGAUUAAUAUGAAUAAUGUAAACCAUAUGAAUAAUAUAAAUCAUAUGAAUAAUUUAAAUCGUAUGAAUAAUAUAAAUCAUAUGAAUAAUAUAAAUCAUAUGAAUAAUAUAAACCAUAUGAAUAAUAUAAAUCAUAUGAAUAAUAUAAAUCAUAUGAAUAAUAUAAAGACGAGUGAGAAUUAUAACAUUUCAAAUAAUAAUAACAAAUGUAUUCAAAAUAAUAAUAUUAAUGAUAAAAUAUUAAAUAAUCAAAUUCAGAAUGUUAUGACUUUUGAUGAUAAAAAAUCUAUUCUUGAAUUUAUGCCUAUGGCGAAAAAUGAAUUAUUAUUAAAUACAUUACAUCACUUAAAUUUAAGAAAUGAACAUCCUACAAAUCCUUUUCCGAAUAUGUAUAGAAAUCCUAAUUAUUUUAAUAAAGACGAAAAUUAUAUGUUUCUUAAAAAUCAAGGUCCUAUAAAUAAUUUAAAUAAUAAUGUUCUUCCUAAUAAUAACAACCUGAAUAAUUUGAAUACCCAUGUGAAUAAUCAAAUGGUAGAAAACAAUAAUAAAACGAUGCCUAUCCCAUUGAAUAAUCUAAAUGCAUACACAACCAAUAACAACGAUAACAAUAAUAAGAAUAAUAUUUUAUUAAAUAAUAAUGAACAUAAUAACAAUCCAGUAGGUGGCACGAAUAAAUUAUCGGAUAAAAAUUUGGAAUUCUUACAAAUAGAAGAAUUACAUAACAAAGAAGGAAAUAAAAAUACAAACGAUCAACAAGUUAUUCUGAAGGAAGAAGAAAGAGAUAUUCAAGUUAAUUCAAAUAAUGAAAAGACUACGAAUGAAGAAAACAUAUUAUUAAAUGAUUUACAAAAAAAUACAAAUAAUAAUGAAACAUCAAAUGAUACAACACCUUUUAAAGAUGUUAAUGAUGAUAUUAAUAUUCUUAAGGAAGAAAAUGAAAAGGAAAAUGUUAUAAGUAAUAAAAUAAAUUCCAUUAAUUUGGCUCAUUCCACCAUACAAAAUGAUAAUGAAAGAAUAAAUAAUGAGGACAAUAAAAAUAAAGAAAAUGUAACUAUUCAAGAUAAUUAUAGUAAUAAUAAUAAUAAUAAUAAUAUCAAUAGAGGGUGUGUAUUGAACAAAAACCAAAAUAAUAUAAAUAGUAUGAAUAACAUAAAUAAUAAUAAUAAUAAUAAUAAUAAUAAUAAUAUGAACAAUUUUAAUAAUUUUCAUCUAAACCAGAAUGUACCCAAUAAUGAUAUGUUUAAACAACCUCUUUUAUUUAACAAGCCAAAUAUGAUGAACAUGCAUGCUUAUCAUAUGAAUAAUAUGAACCCUAGUGAACCUCCGUUUUUUAACGGUCCAAUAAUUAAUAACAAUAAACAAUCAGUGCAAGGAUAUAUAAAUCCUAUGAAUCAUAAUAUGGUAAAUAUGUAUAAUUCAUUCAAUCCUAAUAUGAGAAAUGAUAUUAUGAAUAAACAUAUGAUGAUAACACCAAACAAUCUAAAUAUAAAUGAUGAUAAAAAUAUGACAACGGAUAUAGAUAAAACUGGAUAUACGUGUCCAUCUAAUAUGUUACCUUAUGAUAAUAUGUUAAUAAAUAAUCAAUUUAGGGUUAAAGAUCCACAUGCAUUUAUGAGAAAAAGUCACGAAACGCGCAUUAGGAAAUUUAAUGAAAAUGAUAUAAAAGAUGAUAAUAAUGAUGAUAAUAAUAAUAAUAAUAAUAAUAAUGUUAACUUGGAUAAAUAUAAAAGAAGCACAAGAAGCUCAAAAUAUGAUGAUAAUUUCUUCAACCCUUUUUUAAAUAAGAAAUAUGAUGGCCUAGGGAAAUUGCCAUAUAUACAAAAUAAACCAAUACCAAACGGCUUACAUAUAUCUAUCUAUAUUCCCCAGUCGUAUGAUUUUACGGAUGAGGUUAAAGAUCAAGAUAUAAAAACAUAUGAAGACACAAAUAAAAAUAAUGAUAAGGUAAAUACAAUAUGUGACGAAAUUAAAAAUACAGAACAUACAGAUCACGAAAAAGAUAGAAAAAGUGUAUCAUUUGAACAAGAAAAAUCGGAAUUAAUCAGCAAUGAAGAAUAUAUAUAUGAAAGAGAAACAUUAGCUAGAUUAUUAACAGAAAUAACCUUUGGUGAUAAGAAAAAUUUGUUUAAUCCUAAGAUGACUAGUGAAAAUAAAGAAAAAUGUUAUAAUACCAUAUUAAAUGAACUAAAAACUUAUAAAUCAUUACCAAUCAUUUUGGGUAAUAUUUUACCUUAUUGGACAAAGGAUAAAAAUAUUAAGAAAAUUAAAAAAAGCAUAGAAAAGAUGAAUAAAAGAAAAAAAAAAGUAGACAAUCCACAGAAAUAUCCAAAUUUAUUUUAUAAAAUUAAAAAUUUGAAAAGAAAUAAUGAUAAGCUGAAAUAUAUACAUAUAAGUAAUAUUAAUAAAAAAAUAAAAAGAGCAAUGAUGAAUAAACAAAACAAAAAAAAACAAAAUUAUGUUUUUGAGGAUGAACUUAACGAUUUAAAUCAAAUAAAUGUAAAACAAGAAAAAAAAGAUGAAUAUGAUAGAUCAAUUAAAACAGAGAAUAAUGAAUCUUCUGCAAAAUUAAAGGAUAAUAUGAAUAACAGUAAAAACAAUUCUCAAAAUCUAACGAAUACUGAUAUAAAAGUAAAGAAUGAAAAUAAAGAUGCUAUUUAUGAUGAUGGUCAUAAUAAUAUACAAAACGUAGAGAUAAAUAAUAAAAAUAAAGAAAACAAUUAUUAUACUCAUAAUAAUGUUCAAGGCGAAGUUUUACAUAAUUAUAAAAUUGAUAAGGAUGAUAAAAAUGAAAAUAAAUUGAACUUGAUAUACAAAAAUGUUGAUAAUGAAGAGAGAGGUAAAAACGAAUCCAAGAAUGUAGAUUCGUUUGAUGAACAUAUUGUUAUAAAUAAGAAUAAUAAUAUAGAAGAAAAAGAUACAAGUUCUUUUGAACAUAAUGAAAAAAUAACCACAUCUAUUAUUAAUAAUGAUAAAAAUGAAGAAUUAAAUAAGGAAGAUGGUUAUAUAUAUAAAAAUAUAAAAGGUAAUGAUACUAUUAAAGAUGGGGAAAAUUAUAUUCCUCAAGAUAUAAAUGAUGAUGAAUAUGACGAUAACCAUAAUGAUCAAGUUAAAGUUCAAGAUAAAUGUAUUAAUUAUAAAGAAAAUCACAAAAAGAAAGGAGCUUUAAAAAAAAAACGAAAUCUUUUAAGCAAAUUUGAUUUUUUAAGUAAUUUCCAUUUUGAUAUGCCUUAUAAUAGUUCUGUGCCAUUUAAUAAUUCGAUGUUUUCCUUACAAAGAAAUCAAUAUAAAUCAUGUGUUUACUUUGAAUUUGUAUUAACGAAUAUUAACUUGGACAAAUACCGAAGAGAUAUUCUUAAUGUUAAUUAUAAUAACAAUAACACAAUUACAAAAAGGAAGAACAUAUAUUGUAUAAAUUUUAAAAAAUAUUAUAAAAGUUUACAAAGAAAAAGAAAAUAUAUAAACCCAACUAAUAAUGGAAUCAAUUCAAACACAGACAAUAUUAAUAAUAUAAAAAGUCCAAUAAAUAAAAGCUCUUCUCUAUGUAACAAUAAUAUACAGAAUAAAAAGGAAGAAGUCAAUCUUACAUGUAAUAUGGUUAUAAAUAAUAAUAUAAAAAAUGAUAGUAUAAUAUCAUCAUUGGAUGUAAAUAAAAAUUCAUACAACAAUAAAUUGAGAGAGGAGAAGAGAAAAAAAAAAAAAAAAAAAAAUUUUAUGUUAAUAAAAAAGAAAAAAUAUAUGGAACAUGUGAAUGAUAUUUUUGGUAUUAGCAAUAUUAAUAAUAUAAGUAAAGCUAAUAUACAAAAUUAUGAAAAUAUUGAAAAUAUUAACAAAGAAAUUUUUGUAUUAUUUUCUCGUUAUGUACAUAAUAUUAAACAACAAAAAAAAAUUAUAGGUAAAUUAAUAGGUAAUAUUAAAAGUGAAAAAAAGAAACCAUAUAAAUAUUGGUAUUCUAUUGAAGAUAAAAUGAUUAACUUUUAUAUAAAUGAAUAUUUAAAAAAUAAAUUAAAUACUAAACAUACAUAUACUAUAUCAAAACAAAUUGUAGAUCUUUUAAAAUUAAGAUUGUUAAUUAAUCAUAGUUCUCUUUUACCAAAUAGCUGGACAGAAAAAGCUUUAUGUAAUAUUUGUAAUAUUGGUGAAGAUUGGGAGGAUAAUCCUAUCGUUUUUUGUGAUUGUUGUUAUACACCUAUGCAUUCAUUUUGUAGCGGCUCAAAGAAUAUUAAAAAUUAUAAUUCAAAUAAAAAAGAAACUACAGAUGAUGAAGAUGAACAACAAGAUCAACACCUACAACAAAAGGUAGAAAAAGAUAAAGAUAAAGAUCAUAAUAAUAGUACAAAUGUAUAUAUUAAAAAUCAAAAUAAUUUUAUAAAAGAUUGCUAUAGUCAUGAUCAUCGUCAUGGUAAUAAAAAGAAAAAAAAGGAUGACAAAAUUAAUAAUAAAAAUAAUCACAAAAAGAAAAAUAAAAACCAUAUGACACCUAAGAUGAAUUUUAAUAUUAUGGAAUAUCUAAUGUCUGAUAAUUAUAUUCAUAUUAAUUCUCCUCAAAGUUGUUUUAAUACAUUAACCAUAAAAAAUGAAUUACAUGAAUCUCCAGGUAACACAUAUGAUUCAAAUGAUGAAUUUUUAAGUAAACACAAUAGUAAUGAAAAUUUAAAUAUUAAUCAUAAUAAUUAUAAAAAGGAAAAAAGUGACUUUGUUAACAAUAAAUCUGAUGAUAACACAAACAAUAAUAAAAAUAAUGAUGACGAUGAUGAUAAUAAAAUCGUUCAUGAUAAUGAUCAUAAUGAUGGUAAUAUAUAUAAUAAUAGAAACUCUAGUUUUAUGAACUCCCUCAAUAACCAUGAAACAAUCAUAAACAAAAACAACAUAGAUGAAGGUAAUAUAAACGAUAUUCUAGAUAAAGAUAAAUUAUAUAUUGAAGAAAAUAAAACAAGUGUUCAAGAAACAAGUAAAUCAAUAAAAAAUCAUAAUGUAACAACAGGAAGAAAAGAAACAAAAGGAACUAUACAAAAAAAAGAUACUAUAACAUCAUCUAAAACUAAUAAAAAUAAAGAAUUACAUGAGAAAAAUGUUGAUGAAGAACAAUGGAUAUGCCCCUUAUGCUCAUAUUUAAGAAGUCAAAUUUUCUUUAUAGACGAUGUUAAUGCCUUUAAAAUUAUUAGACGCUUAUGUUGUCCAAGAAAAAAAAAAGAUAUAGACCUUUUAUUUAAAUCUACAACGAAUGAAUAUAAUAUUAACACGAACCACAACAACAAGAACAACCAUAAUAAUAACAGUAAUUGUAAUAAUAAUAUUAUAGAUGAUUUAAAAAGGGAAAUGAAUUCAUUUAAUGCUCCAGAAGAAAUUAUUGUAAAUAAAGAAAUAUUAAAAUUAACACAUAAAAAAAAAAGUAUUGUUUUAUUAUUUGAUACACAAAAUGAUAUACAAUAUUAUAAAGAAAAAUAUAAUAUCGAAAUAAAUGAUGCUCAAGAUUUUUUUGAAAAAAUUGUUCUGAAAUAUAAAGAAAAAUAUAAAUAUAUUACACUUUUCAAUUCAAUUGUUGUUAAUAAAAUAGAGGGUUCAUUGAAUAUGUAUGAAUAUAUUUAUAAGAAUUUUCAAUUCUUUAGACAAGAAACCUUUUGUAUUACUGAAUAUGUAGAUGAUUCUGAUGAUGAAUCUGAUAAAGAAGAAACCAAUAUUACGACAAAUGUAAAAAGUGAUAAGAAAAAAAAAGAUUUUGAUAAAGGUAAUAAAAUGAUAAAAGAAGAAAAAAUUGAUAGACGUACAAAAUUAUAUAGGUUAUUACAAAGUAAAUUACAUAAAAAAGAAGAUAGAAGAAGAAAAAAAUUUAGAAAUAGAAAUAAACUUAAUAUAAAUAAAGAUAUUAAUAAAAAUGGAGUUCCCAAUAUUCAAGUAGAAAUAAAAAGAAGAGGUAGACCACCCGGAAGUACAAAAUUAAGUAAAUUACUCUUACAAAAUAAUUUCCCUAUAAAAAGUGAUAAUAUAGUAAAUGAUAACACAUCUUGUAAGAAUAUAACAAAUAAUGAUGUAACAAGUAAUAUUUUAACAAAUAACGUUAUAACAAAUGAUAAUAUUACAAAUAAUAUUAUUACAAAGGAUAUUAUUAAAAAUGAUAGUUUUAAUAAUACUAUUCAUAAUUCGGAUAUUUAUACAAAUAACAAUCAAAUAUAUAACAACACAAACAUACAAAACAAUACUUCUACAAAUACUACUGCUACGAAUAUUACUGUUACAAAUACUGCUGCCACAAAUAUAAUUGGUACAAAUACUGAUUCAACAAACACUGCAUGUACAAAUAUUACUACUACAAAUACUAACGACAACAAUAAUGAUAAUAAUAAUAUUAAUAAUAAUAAUAAUAAUAAUAAUAAUAAUAUUCUUCCUAAUUAUGGUGCUUUAAUAAAAAGUGAACAAAAUAAUUCCCUUGCAGAUAAUAAACCCAUGUACGGCAUGAAAAGAAAAAAAAGUUCAGAUUAUAAUUGUGUAGAAAAGAAAUUUAAUUCUAAUAAUUUUUUUCUCCAUAAUGAUACAAAACUAAGAAAUCAUAUCUUUAGUACAUAUAAUGACGAGUUCGAAGAAAAUAAUUUACUGUUAAAAUAUAAUCAUAAUAAGAACUGCUCUUUUGUUUUUAAAAUACCUACUUGUUGUAUAUGUGAAUUUGAUGCUUUUUAUAUAGGUGGUGGUCCUAUAAAACGAACAAAAAAAAAAAAUGAGUGGUGCCAUAUUAGGUGUGCCUUAAUAAGUAAUUGUAUUAUUAAUAAUAAAAUAGAAAUAAAUAAUAAAGAGAAAACAAAAUAUAAAUGUUCCUUAUGUUUAAGAACUAAUACUACAGGUAUUAUAAAAUGUAAUGUUCCAGAUUGUUAUAAAUAUUAUCAUAUUUCUUGUGCUACUUCAUCACCUAAAUAUUUAAUAGAAUUGAAUGACGAAAAUAAAUUAAUUUUAUUUUGUUCAAAUCAUUCCCAAAGAAAAGCUCCUACGGAAAUUUUAAGAAGAUAUCAAAUUCUACGAGAAAAAGAAUAUAAUAAAAAUAAAUUAGAAGAUAAAUUAAAUAUUUCUAAAAUGUUUGAUGCUUAUUUACUACAAUCAUAUUUAAAAGUUUGUGAUUUUAAAUUGUUCAAUUUAUUAUCUUUAUCAUCCUUAUCUGUAUUUGAUAAAUUUGUUCACUUUAAUUAUGAUAAGUUUAAUGAACAUGUGAAAAAAUAUAAUAUUAAUCUAAUGGACGAUUUUAAUAAUGACAUUUAUCAAAACGUUGAUCAUAAUCCAUUUUUAAAAGAAGCAAGUAAUAUGUUUAACAAUACAUUGGAAGUAACAAAAGUGGGAAGAACGAGGAGGAGAAGUUCGAACGGUAGUAAUUUUAUUAAGAGAGAUCAAAGGGAUGACAAAUUGGAAGACAAAUUGGAAGACAAAUUGGAAGACAAAUUGGAAGACAAAUUGGAUGACAAAUUGGAAGAUAAAUUGGAAGACAAAUUGGAAGAUAAAUUGGAAGACAAAUUGGAUAACCAAUUGGAUGAUAACGAACUAGAGUCAAAAGAACAUUCAUCAAUACAUCUUUACCAAUUAAGUGAUGUAAAUCAAAAGGAAGAAAAAAUUGGAGAAUCCGAAAACGAUUAUGAAGGAGAAAGGGAAUUUUUAGAACUAGAAAACAGUAAUAGAAAGAAGAACGUACAGAUUGAUAUAUUCGAUAUAGAAAAUAUAAACAGAAUUAGUAAUAUAAAAUGUAAUAAUAUUAUAAGUAUAGGUAAUUUCAAAAAUAUAUAUAAUGAAAAUUUAUUAGAUGAAGAUACUUUAUUAAAAUUAUUAUCAUAUGAUUUCUUAAAUAUACAAAAGGAUAUACAAGAAUUUAAUAGUAAUAUAUUAAGUGAUAAAUAUAAAAAAUUAAAAAAUUUUGAAAAUAUUUUAUGUUUAUAUCCAUAUUUUAAUGAUUAUCAAUUAAGAAAAUUAUCAGAAUUGAUUUUAGAAAAAAAUUCAUCUACCUUAUGUAAAAUUAAUAAAGAUGAUGAUAAUACCUUCAUUUCAUCAUUUAAUAAAUUUUUAUCUUUAUUAAAUAAUAAAGAUUUAAUGUUAUGUAGUGUAUGCUUAUCUAAAGCAAGCUAUUCUGAUAAAAACAAAGAAGAGAAAAAAUUAACAGAGGAAAAAAUUCAUUUAUCAACUGUCGAAAAUAAUAAUUUAUCCAAUAGUCAAAUGACCCUCAAAUUAAGAAAAUUAGCAUAUGCUAAUAAUAUAAAAGAAAGUUUAGAAACAAAAAAAGAAAGAAGAUUAGGAUCAUUAAGUGUUCUAAAAAAAUGUACCAUGUGUAAUGUAUAUAUAUGUUAUUUCUGUUGUCACAGAAUGAACAUAGAUAUAAUGAAAAAUUAUUUAAAUAAUGAUAUUAAAUUAUAUAAUUCUUUCAGUGCCUAUAAUAACAAUAUUAAUAAAAAUAAUCAAGAUAAAAAUCCAUUCCGUGUUAAAAGGGUAGGCCGACCCAGUAAAUAUCGACCACCAAUAGAACCACCCCCUAACCCUGAUAAUAUAAAUAGUAAUAAUAAUAAUAAUAAUAAUAAUAAUAACAAUAAUGAUAACAAUAAUGAUAACAAUAAUGAUAACACUAUUAAUAAUAAUGAUUUAAAAAUUGAUGAUAAAGAAAAUAAAACCAAUAUUUCUCAAGAAAAUAUUACUAAUAAUAAUUCAACUACAAAUAAUAAAACCCAAAAUAAUAAUUAUACGAAUGCAUCUAGUGAACAACAUACUAGCAAUAAUCAUCAAAAUGAAGUUGAAGACGAAAAUGUAAAAAAAAAUAAUAUAGAACACGUUCUGAAUGAUCGUAAAAAUGUUCAAAUUAAUGAUAAUAUCAAAGAACAAUCGAACCUUGAUAACAAUCAUAAUAGUUCUUGUACCAAAAAUAACGAUAUUCAUUUAAAUGAUAAUAUAAAUUAUAAUAAUGAAAAGACUCUUGUAGAAAAUAAUCAGAUUUGUAAAACUAAAAGAACUAGUGGAGGUAUUUUUAAAAAAUCAAUUGAUUCAAGUACAUUUUUAAAUUGUGAUAAAAAAGAAAAUGAUAAUGAAUUUGUUUGUCCUAGAUGUGAAUAUUUCAAAGUAAAAAAGAAAAUAGGAUUCUGUUCUUAUUGUCCUAGAUUAGAUGGAUUCUUAAAUUGUUUUGAAGAUAAAGGCAAAAAAGAAUUAUUAUUUGGUCACCCUAAAUGUAUGGAAUAUGUAAAUACUGCUUAUGCUAAAAAAAAUAGUGUUAAUGAUGUUAAAUCUGGAUAUAAUAAAAGAAUUUGUAGUUAUUGUAGAAUAAAACACGGAGUUGUUAUUACAUGUAGUAAUACUGAUUGUGAUGUAUCUUUUCAUAUAUCUUGUGGUAUUUUGCUAGGUUGUAAAAUGGAUAACUUUUUUGGUAGAGUUGAUAUUUAUAAUCCGAAAAAAGCAUAUUGUUUUAAACAUACAUUUCAAUAUUGUAAGAAAAGUAAUUUUUUAAAUUUUAUUAAUGCAAAUAAAUUAUUCUGUUUUGAGAACUUUUUAUAUAAUCCUUUUAAUCAUUUAUAUAAUUUCUUAAUUGGUACUUAUGUAUUUAAUCACUUAAAUAAAAAAUGUUCUAUUUAUUUAAUGAAACCAAUUAAAAUUGAAGAACAAUCAUUUACAAAUAUAUUUGAGAAGACACAAUUAAAUAUUUUAAAAAAAAAUACCAAUAUGUUAACAAAUGAUAUGAAACGAUCACCUAAAGGUAAUAAUAAAUAUAACAUGGAUAAUAGAAAGAAAAUGAGCCUAAUCAAUAAUAUGAAUGAUAGCAAAAAUUUACUGGAUCCUUCUUCUUUAUAUAACAAUGAUUAUAGUAAUAAUAAUAAUAUACAUAAAUAUAUUAAAUUAUCAAAUGAAGAUGAUAAUUCAAGAACACCAUCUAAUACAUUGGCUAAUAUGCCAUUCGAUAUACAACAUGAUAAUAUUAAUAGUUUCUAUAGUAUGAAUAAUAUGAAUAAUGUGCAUCCUAAUUUUGGAAGCAAAUUUAAUAAUAAUCCAUUAUUUUUAGCUAACAAAAAUAAUAUGCAUAAUACAAAUAAUCCAUUAUUAAAUUUAGAUCAUGAACAUAACAAACAAUCAUUUAUGAAUACUAAUAAUAAUAAUGUGCCAUUUAAAAAUAAUAAUAAAAUUUUUGUUGAUGAUAAUUUAACAGAAAGUGCUGUCUCGAUUUUGUCAGAAAAUGAAACAGAAGAACUUAAAUCAUUUCAAAAUGUUUCCCUUAUCAAUUCAAGAAGUAAUCCUUAUAUUAAUAAUAUUAUACAAAACAGUUUUAUGCAAUAUGUGAAAAAAUUCCAAGGAAAUAAUACCAUGCCACAACCUUUUAAUAAUAAUGCAAUCCCUAAUCAUUUUCUUCCUAUGUAUAAUAUGUUCAAUUAUCCCAAUGCUCAAUAUCAAAAUAUGCAAAAUGUGCAAAAUAUGCAAAACAAUAUUAUGAACAGAAAUGCAAAAUUUAAUUUUAUAGAAAAUAAAAGGAAAAAAUAUCUAUAUCAAGAUAAAAAUGUAGAAAACACAAGGAAGAAUGCACUCAGUGAAGGAAAUAUUUAUGCCAAUGUAGAUAAUGGAAAAUUACAAAAGGUAGAUGGAAGGAAAAAAAGAAGAUAUCAUAAAAGUAAAAAUACACAAAGUAUUAAUACUGGAGAAUUAACUACUUUGACUAAUUCUAAUUCAUUAAGUAUAAAUAAUAUGGAUAAAUUCAAUAAAGAAAAUAUAUCAUCUAAUAUGAAUAAUAACCACAAUCCAUUUGUAAAAAAUAAUAUUAUGGAAGAAAAAAAUAUUAAUGCUAAAAAUAGUUUUUUCAAUGAUAGCAAUACUAAUAUCUUAAAAGAAGAAAGUAAAGUUAAUAUUAAAAAAUGUGAAGAUACUGUUGAUGAAGAACAAAUAUAUUGUCCAGUAUGUAAGUCAUAUUAUGAAGAAUUAAGUGAUGGUUCACCAGCGGACGGUUUGAAUUGGAUUGGAUGUGAUAAAUGUGAAAAAUGGUAUCAUUGGAUAUGUUGUAAAUAUUCUGUUGAUAAUCCGCCAGAUAUUGAGAAUGACUGGUAUUGUAAUAGUUGUUUGAAUAGCUAA